AUGCAUCUGAUUGAUGAUACAUGGAAUAAAAGCAAUGAAAAUGUUGUUGAAAGACGACAUUUGGCUUGUCAACAACGUCAUGGUAUCCUAUUCUCCGUGGCUCGUGUUGAAAACGUGAUUGAAAAAGAUCUAGUAGGAUCAACAACUCCAAACAAACGUCAACUCUAUCGUAGUACUAGUGAAGAAUCGCUUCAUUCAAAAUUUUAUCACUGUCCGCUAAAGUCAAAUCGAAAUAGUUGCAUGAUAAAACAAAUAUUACUCAAGAACGUAGAUGAUUUUAAGACGAAAUCAAAUUUGAUCACUCAAGAUAAUUCUAGUACAGAAUCGUCACAUAUUCAAAUUCAAAAACUGAUGGAUACAAUUAAAGAAAAAGAUACACAAAUUGCACAUCUAAAUCAACAAUACGAUCAAAUGCGUAUCGCACAAUUGGGUGUUUUACAGCAAGUUAACAAAAUCGUAAAUCGUAUAAUCAAUAUUAAACAACAAUACGAUAUAAAGCAAGAUGAAAUCGAACAAAUUAAAAAAGAAUUGGAUUUCAUUCUAGAACAUCUUGACAAUGCUAAAUUAGACGUACAAAUAAUCAGACCAGUCAUAUCUUCGAAUGGCGAAUCAUAUUAUCGUUCAAUUUCUGAAAAUAUGGACACUUCUAUGCAAAUGAAAUGUUGCUCAAUCGAAUACGAUAUUCCUGAUAGAACAUUAGAAAAUAAAAAUCAAUUAUUAGAAAAUCAAUUGCAACAACACAUGCAUCAGUUCAAAAUAGGAAAGAAAGAUAAAAUGACAAAUUAUCGGAAUGCAAACGAAGAAAAAACAGAAGACAACUUUCAAAUCAAAUCAGAAGUUGACAUAAAUGAUCAUAAAUAUGAAGAUGAUAUUCACAUUAGUGGAAUCAAUCAAUCGAACGAAAAAGUUCAAUUAAAAUUGCCAUAUUUACUUCGAACUGAUUCAAUUGAUGCACCAUGCACUGCAGCCGAGGGAUUGAUAAAUGACAGUGCUCUCGAUGCACUGAAUCGAUGGUUGGAGACUCAAACUGCGGAGAGACGUGUGGCUUGGGCAUUAUGCGAGUUACCGGGUGCCUAUGCCCUAUCAUCAAGUUUUGGUGCCCAAGCUGCAGCUUCGCUACACUUAUUGACGGCGCAGAAACCUGAUAUUCCAGUGCUACUCGUGGAUACAGGUUACCUUUUUCCUGAGACCUAUCGUUUCAUUGAUCAAUUACAUGAACGUUUACAGCUGAAUCUUAAUGUAUUGCGUCCAGAGAUUUCGGCUGCUUGGUUCGAAGCACGUCACGGUCGUUUAUGGGAACAAGGGCUAGAUGGAAUCGAUCUUUACAAUCGUCUAGUAAAACUCAAGCCGAUGCAACUUGCUCUCGAAGAUCUUGGUGUCGAAACUUGGUUCGCUGGUUUGCGUCGCAAUCAAUCUGAAAGUCGCCAACAAAUUCGCAUUAUCGAACGUCAAAAUGGCCGAUGGAAAGUAUAUCCGAUAGCUGAUUGGACCGAUCGCGAUGUUGGCAUGUAUUUAAGGCGACACAAUUUGCCAUAUCAUCCACUCUGGGAAAAAGGCUAUGUUUCGAUCGGCGAUGUUCACACUACCCGACCUUGGGAACCUGGCCUACGUCAAGAAGAUACUCGUUUCUUCGGCCUAAAACGCGAAUGUGGCCUUCAUCAACACACUUGA